AUGGCGGCUACCUUUCCAUCCCUGGCCAUUCCAGGUCAGCGAUUGGGUUCGACUAUCUCGUAUGCCGCAGGUCCAGGCACACAUGUGCACGAUGCAGUCAUUUACGCAUCCAUUGCUGGCCCCGUCAUAGUUGACCAAGCCCAGGCAAAUUCCAAAGCAAAGUCUCUGCUUACUGUCUCACGGUCAAUCAACAGACAGACAGGAGCAACCCAGAGCGGCACAGCUACCGUGAAGCCAACCGCCUCGACAAUUGCUCCGAAGCCAGCUACUACAAAGCCCAAACUGAAGUACAACACCCUCCCGGCAGUGGAGUCUGUCGUUCUAGCUCGUGUGACUCGCGUGCAGAAACGUCAAGUCAUCGUGUCAAUCCUUGUCGUCUUGGACGAACUCUCCAGCUCGCAGGUUUCAGACCCGUCGAAGACGACUUCUGACAAUGACAACAUAGAGUCAAUUCUUUCGUCGGCCGCGAAUCCCGAGAACCACAGUUCUUCUGAUGAGUUGCGGUUCCAGGCUCUGAUUCGGAAAGAGGAUGUGCGCGCUGUCGAGAAGGAUCGUGUCGUGAUGGAUGAGAUGUUCCGUGUUGGGGAUAUUGUGCGGGGCACGAUUAUCUCGCUGGGUGAUCAGAGUUUCUACUAUAUCACUACUGCACGGAAUGACCUUGGUGUUGUCAUGGCGCGGAGUGAGGCUGGGAAUAUGAUGUUUCCGGUUAGCUGGAAGGAAAUGAGAGAUCCUGUUACUGGUCUUGGGGAGUUGAGGAAGGUCGCGCGUCCGUUCUGA